AACGAAUACCCUUUUGAUCCACGGGUUACUCUCAGCAGAGUCCUUCAAUCCCCAACGGAUUCCCUUUUGUCUAAAACCCUGCAGAUUUGGAGUAAUCUAAAACCCCAAAUUGGUAGUCCCAGAAAAUGAGCAGCAGCAGCAGCAGCGAGGAAGAUGGAGAUGCGGCGUGGAAAGCCGCCAUUAGCUCAGCCGCGGCAGGUGCCUCCUCUUACAUCAACGGCCUCUCCUCCAAACCAAACCAGCUGCCUCCUCAAGACUCCAACCACACCAAACUCCCCAAGCACUACCAAAUCAAGGCACAAAAGCUUUUGGAUGACAUCAUAGGGAAGUCAUUGGAGAUAGUGCACAACUCUAUUCCUGAACCAGAUGUGACUAAUGAGGAGGAAGUUGGUAUUCGCUUGUUCAAAAAUGCUCCCCCAGGAAUAGUUUUUGAUCAUGUGGAUGAACAACCACCUAGAAGGAGACCAAGAAUUCUUCCGGGAAAAGAAAUUCAUGAGAAAUCAAAGAAGUUUAAACAACAAAUCCAAUCCGUUGCUGUUGAUGGGAAUGAGAUAGUGUCUGAAGCAAGAGAUAGAUGUCUGAGAGCAUUGUCUAGGCUAGAAGCGAAAGAGGCAGCAGCAAAAGAAGCAGCCAAAAGAGAAGAGGAAAGAGUUGCACAACUCAAAAAAGUUAGGGGAGAAAGAUGGCUACCGUCUAUUGCCAGAGAAAGGCAGUUCAAAGCCAUUAGCAAAAAAUGAUACACUUGUUUUGAUUUGUCACAUACUCUUGUAUUGUCUUCCUUCACUCUUCUUUUGUUCGUGUCAGUAGCGUAGAGAAUCCCAGACAAACAAAUGUAGACAAACAUUCUCUGACAAUUUCCGAUGAUGUUUGCUUUGAUGAUAAUUGAGAUCGAAUUGGCAAUUUUUCGUUGGCA